UGGAUCACAUGUUGACAGAUCUGCAGGAUUAGAACCAGAGACCUUAUGAUGCACACGAUCCACCGUCUGUGUCGAAUCUGCAUCGGACAGAACCUUCCUCAGGUGAACAUCGUACGAGGAACAGAUGGAUUUGGAUUCACAAUCUGCUCCGACUGUCCAGUCAGAGUCCAGGCUGUCGAUGCUGCAGGUCCAGCUCAUCGGUCUGGACUCCGUCAGGGAGACUUGGUCCUGCAGCUGAACGGACUUCCUGUGGAAACCUGGAAGUGUGUGGAACUCGCCCACACCAUCAGGACGUGUCCGUCUCAGAUAGUGUUGGUUGUGUGGAGAGGUUUACCGGACCUCAUGGCAGGAAGUGAAGCUUUGCUCGGCCGACGGACACACAACACCACGCCAGGCAGAAGAUUGUUGCCUCACCCGUUCCACAGCAAACAGGAUCGCAGACAGGGUCAGAACUCCGGGGUCCGCGCCAGUCUAGCGGCUCUGGGUUCUCUGUGGAGGGACAGGAAGCACGAGAAUGAGGAGGAAGAACAGGAAGUGACUGAGUACUCCUGCAGCAACACCACACUAAAGGGAACCCGUGUGACAUCAUCAAAUGGAGACAAUUACAUCAUCCUGUCACCUGUCAAUCCAGCAGCACAACACCUGCAUCCAGUUUGUCAUGACAGGAACGCGACAAUCAGUCCUUUGUACCGGACUCACCCCAGCAGAGGUCAGAACCUUCUCCACGACCCUCGACCUGAGUCAUCACAGCAACUGUUUACAAGCCGCACGACCACCCUGCCCCUCUCCUCCUCUUCUUCGGCCACGCCCAGUGACUAUGGCAACUACCAGAACUGUACCAUCGUCCAAUCACAUCUGCCGUGCUCUUCUUAUGAAAGCUACAUGACACUGGCACCAAAAACUCUCAUCUUCCCCAUCUUUGUCCAGCCUCUUGAUCUGUGCAGCGCCGACAGAACCUUACUGAUGUCAGAGGAACUCGUCCUGCACCAAGCUGGGCUGCUGCCUGCAAAGGUGACAGUGUUGAUCUACAACGACGUGCUGCUGUUAACCAGAGAGGACGAGGUCGGGCGCUGUAACGUCCUGCAGAGUCCAGUGUUCCUGAACACACUGCAGCUCAGAGAGGUGUCGUCAGAGCCCCUCCUCAUCCACCUGGUGCCGUCGUCUCAGACGUGUUUUCGUUUCGCCUUCAUACUCGAGUGUUUCAGCAUCGAGCAAAAGAUCCGAAUCCGUCUCUGUCUCCGCGACAACAUCCAGCUGGUCGCCAUGGCGCCGAGUCAGCAGCUCUCGCACCUCCCCCAAGAUUUCGGUCUUCUCUCUCUUCAUCAGUCGGACCUCCUCUAUCGUUCGUCCUCUCCUUUCUCCUCAACUGACCCUCCCCUGACGAUCAACGGCCUGCCUCUCUCCCCCCCCCUUUCCUUCCCCUCCUCCUCCACCCAGAGUGCAGUGUGGAAGGAGAAGGGGAAAGCGGACGAAGACGAGAGGAGGAAGAGGAAGGAGGAGGAGGAAGAUGAGUUGGUGGAAGAGCGGCAGCAGGGGGAGGGGGAGAGUGCCUCUGAAACAUCGGAGCGUGUGGGAGGGGGCGGGCUCCUGCUAAGCCCUGCCCACCUCUCCUCACAGGACAGGGACGAAACAGUAGAGGAGUUCGACUCCGCCCACAGAGCUGCAGUUCUGCGUCGCUCGCUCUCCGAGGGUUCUCUGCUGAGGGAACCUCCAUCACCCCACUUCCUGUCGGAAAGCGCCAUCCACCAACUCACCCACCCUUUGACCUCUGACCCAGACCCCCUCCCCACCUCCCCCUGCACUCUGAGGAAGCAGCUGACCAGUGAGGGGGGGUCUCUGCAACAAAUUCUACUGCUGCUCAACAGCAACAAGGACUCUGAGUUCAGGAACCUUCACCUAACGAACAAGACUGAGAGUCUAGCUGCUGAUGUUCGGUGUAAUCGGUCAUUUCUACGGCUUCCAGAAAACUGUACCCGUUUCCAUGGAAACAGUUUGGAGAAAGCUCUUAGAAACAACAGACCAUCUCCAGGGGAAGUGCUGAGGUGGGCGGAGAGUCUGGAGGCUCUGCUGACCAAUCAGUAUGGUCUGGCAGUGUUCCGACACUUCUUGAGGUCAGAGUUCAGUGAGGAAAAUCUGGAUUUCUGGUUGGCUGUAGAGAGAUUCAAAAGGAAACGCCCCCUCAUGGCUGUCCGAGCUAUGAAAAUCUAUGAGGAGUUUAUGUCUACCACUGCAGCAAGACAGGUCAACUUGGACUCAACUGUCAGAGAAUCGACCAAUCAAAGCCUGCUUCUCGGAGUUAACCCCGCCUCCUUCCAGUUGGCCCAGGAUCAGAUUUUCGGCCUGAUUGAGACUGACAGUUACCCACGAUUCCUACAGUCCCACCUUUAUGCUCAGUUGGCCAAUCACAGCGGAGCUGGGCUUGUCAGUCAAUCAUGAGAGAAAGAGGAGGUGGAUCAAAGUGAAGAGGGAACGGAUCUCAUUCAAAGUUUAGAUCUGAUGAUCUGAUUGGCUGUAGGGUUUUCUAAUCCAUUCAGAAACAAAACAAUAAAAGACCGUAUCUUUUAAUUGUGAGGGAAAAAAUUGAUUCUGUUCAGUAUCGCCAUAUUUUGCACACGCAAUUAUAUCGAUACAGUAGCACAAAGUAUUGCAAUAUUUAAUUAUAUAUGUAACAGCCCCUGGCUGACAAAGCAUGACGAGGCGAGUUUCAGACUGAUGUGUCACGGCUCUUUAUUUAAACAUCACAUUGAGGCGCCGUAGAAACACCGUGAAACUAGAAGACAACAAGUACAACAUAAUCAUUUAGUAAAAGACAAAUACAACCGUUAAAAUACCUAAACAUCAGCUAAACAAACAAAUAAGCAUGUGAGACAAGUCUGACGGGUUAAUGUGACAUGGCGACUCCCACUCCGCGCUUCCUGCUGCAAAGGGAAUAAAAACCAGCUUCCUACCUCCUUCCGCUCGGCGAGGAUGUGCAACGAGGAUUAAAAACGUCCGUAAGAUAUGGAAUCGCCGUGCAUCUGGCGUCCCGUCGUUUCCGCCGUUUCCAUCAUCAGGACGCAGCUGUACGGCAGGUGUUUGUAUAUCGGACCUGAAGAGAGAGAUUUGGUGUGUUAAUUAUAUCUGUCCGCUCCGUGAGAGCUACAGGCAUUUACGCUAGUGAGUCGCUACGCUUAAAAAGACAACAAAUUACUAACUAAAUGAAAAUGGCUUCACCAUCGCAACCGGAAUUAAAUGUGACAUUUGAAGUGAGUUGAGCAGUCUUAUUUUCCUCAUGUUUUGUAAUGCCUUUGAAUAAUAUGGGCGACAUGAAUCGCAAUAUAUCGCAGAAUCGAAUCGCAAUACUUGCUGUAUCGCAAUAUGUUAAGAAUCGCAAUAAUAUUGAAUCGUGGCCCAAAUAUGGCAAUACUAUCGAAUCGUCACGUUUUUGUCAAUUCCCACCCCUAGUAUCUAUCCAGGUGCAUGAUGGGAACUGUAGGCUACAUAUUGUUGCUCUGACUUUGAGUUCUGUUAUUUUUUAGUUGUAUAAACAUUCAUGUUCCUGAAGCCACAUGACCAGAGAGCUGCAGAGCUAAUGGAAUAUUAAAGUUGGCAGUAGAGGAUUAUAUACUAUAUAUAUUGAGGUCAUCACUAUAUCAUGUCUUCUGUGUAGAUGACUAUGUACUAUAUAUUUUUCAUAUGUUUUCUCUGCAUCUGUUCAUUUUCACAGGAGCAUGACUAACAACAACAACAACAACAACAACAACGUUGCUCGUUGUAAAAUCCCACAGUGAUUUUAAUUGUUUAUUUUACUCUUAGUAUUAAAACUUAACUCAAUUAAAAACACGUUGAAUUUUUAAAUGUAGAAAUAAACAUGUUUGUCUCAG